AUGCCUGUAAAGUACACCGAUAUUGAUUACCUCGUGUUUAGCGAUGCUUCCAAAUACGUGUAUAAUGGCAUGUCUCCAUAUAUGAGGGAAACUUAUAGAUAUACACCCGUGUUGGCAUGGUUAUUAUUACCGAACAAUUGGAGUGGAGUAUGGUGCCAUUAUGGUAAGGUUGUGUUCAUAUUGGGAGAUUUAGUUACUGGCUAUAUCAUUACAAAGUUGUUGUCUCAGCUGAAGCUAAAUCAAAGAAAGAUUACUGAAAAAAGGAAAUUAAUUUAUGCUUCUAUUUGGCUAUUGAAUCCAAUGGUGAUUACGAUAAGUACGAGGGGAUCAUCGGAGAGCGUUUUAACCUCGAUGAUUAUGAUGUCAUUAUAUUACUUGUUAUCGACUUCCAACGAAAACCUUGUAGUUUCGGCCAUAUGGCUUGGAAUUGCUAUCCAUUUCAAGAUUUAUCCCGUUAUUUACUUGCCAAGUAUACUUUAUUAUUUAUCCGACAAAGUCGAAACACCCCUAGUUGGUAUUUCCAGUUUAAAAAUCAACUGGAAAAACAUCACGUUCUUACUUGUAACGUGUGCGUCUUUUUCCACAUUAACAGCGUUGAUGUAUCUCAUAUACGGACAAGAGUUUUUGGAUGAAACAUACUUGUAUCACCUCACGAGGUUGGACCAUAGACACAAUUUUUCCAUCUACAAUGUGUUACUCUAUUACAAAUCUGCAGUUUUGGGAUCUUCGCCAUUAAGCACCGGCUAUGACAUUGAGAAGUUAGCAUUUAUUCCGCAAUUGAUGAUUUCGGGAAUAGUCAUUCCGCUUUUGUUGGCCAAGCAAGAUUUGAUUUCUUGUUUAUUCAUCCAGACAUUUGUAUUUGUUGCUUUCAAUAAAGUGAUUACUUCACAAUAUUUCAUUUGGUUUUUAAUAUUUUUGCCACAUUUUUUGACCAGAUCGAAUCUAGCGACCACACGGAAAACAAGAGGCACUAUAAUCUUGUUAUUGUGGAUUGGAUCACAGGCAUGUUGGUUGUACAACGCGUAUCGCUUAGAGUUUUUGGGUGAAAACACGUUUGAUUAUGCCUUGCUAUACUCUGCGGUUUUCUUCUUUUUGAGCAACUGCAUAUGUAUCAGAGAAUUUAUAGCUAGUGUGUAA